AUGGAGGUGGCUGGAGCAGGGGAAGAGGAGGCCAUGGCGGUGGCGGUGGCGGCGGGGAGGAGGGGCUGCAUCCGGUCGACGCGGGGCCCGUGGACGGUGCGGCGGCAGGCGCGGGGCGGCGCGGUGAAGACGUCGCUCCGGCACCCGACGCCGCGGGAGCGGGAGAACAACCGGCAGCGGGAGCGGCGCCGGCGGCAGGUGGCCACCAGGAUCUACGCUGGCCUGCGCGCCAACGCCGGGUACGCGCUGCCCAAGCACGCCGACCAGAACGACGUGCUCCGGGCGCUCUGCGCCGAGGCGGGCUACCUCGUCGACGACGAAGGCAACGUCACGCGGUGCCACGAGCGUUCUUCAGGCGCCGGCACCGGCGGUAGCUCCGACCAUCCGCAGCCGUCCUCGCACAGCGGGGCGACGGAGGCAACAGCGGGGGACAUCCACCAGCCGCUGCCGGAGGCGGAGCCGAAGCACAAGAUAUCACUCGAGCUCACCCUCUCCUUCACCUACAUGUAG